CUUUUCCUGCAGGCUUUAGCUACUUUCCACUGAAAAUAGUUGGCAACACUGAUUGCUUUAUAAGGGAUUUCCGCAUUGGCUUUAGUUUCAAGCCAUGGUUGUUGCCUUUUGGCACAGACGGAAACGUUCAAGUUCACAUGUCGCUGCAUUUCCGCCAUCCAAAUUAAGGCCAUAUAUUCCGCCCAGUAUGCAGCCGACACUUCCUCCAUCGCACAGCAGCGCUGCCAGCUGCUGCCUGUAAAGAAACUGGUGAACUCUCUUCAUCCACGUUAGAGGGACAUUUAAGGAAAUAGUAAUUAUUUCCAACAACAGGCCUUACCUGUUCAGAAAAGCAGCCUUUCUGCAAGUAUGCAACGCUUUCUGUCACUGCGGAAGACGUCUCAGAUGUAGGCGUGUUUUGUUUUUCUGACAAGUUAAAGACUUACGGUAAAUCCACGGAGCAGUUCGUGCGGUAACUGACAACGCCAACGUUUAUUGUUACGCCGGGUUGUUGUGCUGCGGCAGCCUGCGUAACCAGGCUCAGCAGAAAGUAUGUCAGGAAUUACAGCCAGUACAACAAACUACCUCUGGUCUAUACAGGAUGUCCUUGGUCAGGGGGCAACUGCCAGUGUCUACAAGGCACGCAACAAGAGGUCAGGUGAGCUGGUGGCCGUCAAGGUGUUUAACAUAGUGAGCUACCACCGCCCACAUGAGGUCCAGAUGAGAGAGUUUGAAAUGCUGCGGAAGCUCAACCACAGCAAUAUCGUCAAGCUGUACACUGUGGAGGAGCUUCCCUCUAAACAGAAGGUGUUGGUGAUGGAAUAUUGUUCAGGAGGAAGUUUGCUCAGCCUGCUUGAGGAACCAGAAAAUGCCUUUGGCCUGCGUGAAACAGAGUUUCUCACCGUUUUGCAGUGUGUCGUGCAGGGAAUGAACCACCUGCGAGAAAACGGAGUCGUGCACCGGGACAUUAAACCAGGCAACAUCAUGCGUCAGGUCGGGGAGGACGGCAAAUCUGUUUAUAAGCUGACUGACUUUGGAGCAGCAAGAGAGCUGGAGGAUGAUGAGAAGUUUGUGUCGGUCUAUGGGACUGAAGAGUAUCUGCACCCAGACAUGUAUGAGCGUGCAGUGCUACGUAAGCCUCAUCAGAAGUCCUAUGGAGUGAGUGUAGACCUGUGGAGUAUUGGUGUGACAUUUUACCACGCUGCUACUGGGAGUCUCCCCUUUGCGCCGUUUGGAGGACCCCGCAGGAACAAGCCCACCAUGUACAAAAUAACCACAGAGAAACCUAUGGGGGCAAUAGCUGGAAUACAACGAGCCGAUAACGGACCGAUAGAGUGGAGCUACCACCUACCUCACAGCUGCCAACUUUCACAGGGUCUGAGGGUGCAGCUGGUUCCUGUGCUUGCAGGUAUACUUGAGGCUGAUCAGGAGAGGUGUUGGGGUUUUGAUCAGUUCUUCACAGCCACCACAGACAUACUGCAGCGGCAGCCAGUUCACCUCUUUGCUCUGCAACAGGCCAUGGCACACAGUAUCUAUAUACACCAUUACAACACUGUGUCAGUCUUCUUCGAGGAGGUGGCGGCUCAGACUGGUAUAGGAGUGCAGCAGCAACAUCUGUUGUAUCUGGGCCAUGACCUUCCUCUGGAGGGCAGUAUGAAGGUGGUCAACCUCCCGAGCACUUCACCUGACCAGCCCCUUAUUCUGCUCAGUGACGGGCUUGAAACAAACACCAGCCUGCCAUUCAGAGAACCAGAGACUCCUGUCAUCCCAUGCAAGUUUGACGUUGUAGCAGACUACAACUUCUCCAAGGUAAUAGUGGGAGUGGUCCACCAGUAUCUGAGGAUAGUACAGUUGCUGCACACACAUCGAGAGCAGCUACUUCAUGGAUACUACAGCUACAUGAUGAGGCUGCGCAGGGAGUGCGGAGAGGCCAUGCAUAGUAUUGCAAUGAUCACCAUUAGACUGCAGUCCUGUCUCAGCAUAGAACACAGGAUUCACAUGCUAGAACAUUAUCCUUCAGAAAACUCAGGUUCAGCUGAUAACAGUCACAAGCUGCAGCAGGUCCACGAGCACCUGCCUAUAUACACUGCUGGCAUCCAAGAGUUUCAGAACCGGCUGGAUCACCUGCACAUAGAACAGGCCAAACUAGCAGAGACCCUGGCCAAUGACAAAAGCUGUCAGAAGAUGGAGAUGCUGCUCCAGAAGAUAACAGCAAUUCAUCAGCACUACCGUAAAGACAGACUCACCGGCAAGCUGGCAUAUAAUGAUGAGCAAAUUCAUAAGUUUGAGAAAAUCCACCUGUCAUCCCACAUUAAGCGAGUGAAGUCUCUCUUCAGAGAGGACUGUGUGCAGAGAUACAAAGAGCUUUUGGCCUCAACAAGGACAUGGAGCAGUGUUUUAAUGGAGAUGCAGACCAGACUGCAGGACUUCAGCUCUUUCUCCGUAGGCUUGUUGGCAGACUUGGAGAUGAGCGAGCAGCGCCAGAAUAAGGCUCUGGACAGAAACCUGUUCACUCUGCAGUCCAAGAGAGCAGGACAGCAGCCUGCAAUCGCACCCAGGGACAAGGAGCAGAUGGUAUCCAGGAUGCACCAUCUAAAGGAGGAAAUGGAAAUUUUGGUCAGGGAACUACAGUGUAACAACAGUAUUAUAGAGAGUCUGGGAACAGUGAACUCAGCAGCAGCCGCUCUGGAGCCGAGCUUGGCCAGACCCUCUACACUGUGACACAAGUGCAGCGUCUUUGCAUCUCAACUCACAAAUACACUCUUUCUGACAAACACCUCAUCUUUUUAAACUGCCACUCAUGAGCAGUUAUGGACAUUGUGCUGGAUCUUAUGUCUUUCUUAUGAAAAGGAAGCGACUGAAGACAAAUCUCAAUUUAGAGAUAAGAUGGGAAAAGAGGAAAUGCUACUGAUGGAUUUUUCUGUCAGUGUGUUUGUGUGUGUGUGUGUGUACGUGGUUGACGACUGAGUACAUCAGUUCAAUACAAACCUCAUUAAUGCCUUUAGUGUUAUUGUAUUUUUAAUAGGCUGCCACAGUGAUGGAGUCUCAGGAUAAAGCCAAAUGAAUGCAAAGUCA